GGUCACAUGAUCACACUGCCAGACCCGCUUACUGCGGGAAAAUUAAUUCAUGGGCGUACUGUCUCUGUACAAUCCCCCAGGAGCUGGAGGCUCGAGGCUCGACACUCGAGACCGUUCGAAUUAAUGUUUGGGACUGGAAACGUGCAGAAUAUGAGGCCCUGGAGUGAAUCAAUCAAGCACCUCAGUUGUGCUUCUGAGUAGUUUACGUCAGUGCACACACACCUGCAGGACGAUGGAGUUCUUCCGCUCCCAUGAACAGCUCUCCGAAGACCACCUGAUUCGAUCGAGUUAAGCGUGUCUGAUGAACGAGGUGGAUACUACGAGAUCCGCGCCAAGAAUUUGGUGGGCAGCAAUGUGACACUGCUAGUUCAUGCCGGAAUGUUUCUUGGAAUUCGAUGGAUGAUUGUGUCGCGAGUCGAUGUCCUGUAGGACCAGAGUAUGUUCUCUAGUGUUCAACACGGCGUCUCUUUCUUGAAAGAGCGCGCAAAUUUUCAGCAAGUGUUUCGCACUUCAGGAGAUCGAUCGAUCGAUCGAUUCUUGACUGGUAUAGGGUCCUGUUCAGAGAAACAGAAUCUGUCACGAACAUAAAGCAGAUGGAAUUCACGCACGCCCGACGAGGACGAGGAGGACGAUGCUUCAUUCGAGCAUUGAGAGCAUGAGAUGUGGCAUUGGGGUUUGAAGGUUUUGGGAGGUAUGCCACGGACAUCGCCCUGGAGCUGAACUCAUGAGCAGGCUAUGACGCGCGUGACGCUUCCUGGAUGAGCGAAGGAGCUUGGACUAAGAUCGGCCUCAUGCUCUCGCCGUGUUCGGAAUCCCUUAGGAUCACAGCGAGUGCUGCCAAGGAUGGACGACCUUGGGCAAGGGCGGGAUUUUGAACUUUGAAUCUGCAGCGCGAGUAGAGAGGGCUUUGAUGUGACCUUCGCCAGCCUUCUUCUCUUCUGCAAGAACCGCUCAAGUCUCGGCUCGAGUCUCCUUCCAGAGUCGAAGCACUUCUCGUGCGCAGCGGAAUGGCGUGCAGAUGGAUCGUGGAGUACUGCUCAGAUUGCAGUGAGACGAUUCUCGGUUGCUUGACGCCAGUUUAACUCGGAGCUUCUUACUCUUCUGCUUGGAAACUGUGGAGAUGGACAGUCCUACAUACCAGAGUGGUAUGGAUGCACUAACUCCAUCCAUGAAGGACGAGGAUGUACACAUGGAAGCAGCUGCUCUUUCACCUGCUAUACAGAGAGUGUCAGAGUUUUCACCCGAAGUUUCUGAAUUCUCCACCGGUGUUGGUCAGGAAUCUUGUUUUCCAGUCGUUGAUGACCAAGGCUCUCACUUUCCUGUUGAGGAUCAACAGGCUGCUCAACUCUCAGGUCCGAAGGAUCAGACCUCUCAUUAUACCACGACACAAAGCGCAAUGUUUUCAGCUCCGGCCGAGGUCGACAGUUCUUCUACAUUGCCGUCUGGUGUUAGCGAGGAUUCUCAUUUUCAAACGCAAAAUGACGAGGUCACUCUCUUUGAAGCACCAAACGACCUAGCACCUCCCUUUCAAUCUGACUUUGUCGAUCCUCAUGAGUUUUCUUCUGAAGAUGGUCAAGAUGUUAUGUUUUCAACUCAAGAUGUGGAGGGAUCAGCUUUUGUAGCACGAGAUGAUCUGGGCUCCACCGUUGCUGUCGUAGAAGGACACGGCUCUCAGUUUUCCGUUAUAUCUGAUCAGAACCCUAGUUUCCAAGUCGAACAUCAUCAGAGUUCAGAAUAUAGUCGAGAAGAUGAAGGAGGUUCCUGGGGAUCCCGUCUUGAUCCCCAAUUGCCUGGGGAUGAAGACGAAGACCAUCUGUGUCACUUCCCUCCUGAACAUCAUCAAACCUGCGACGAUCAAGGCGAAUAUGGCCAAGGUUCUCACAUCCACGGUAACGGUGACCCGGGCUGCCCCUCGGCAGCUCUGGAUGAUGCCAAGGCACAAAUCCAAGACGAACCAGGCGCACAAUUCGCAGCAGACGAGGCAUCGGAACUCCAGUCGACAGAGGACCAAAUUCCCCAAUUUGCAGCCCAGGAAGGCGUCAGCAGUUCUCAAUUUCCCCCUCCAGACCCGCAAACUGCACCCGAAGGUGGAGGGCACUGCGAUUUUGCGCCUGCAGAUGUAGAAGGCACUCAGUGCCCAGCGGGAAGCGGCCUUGAUAAUGAGAUCAAAGCCGAAGACGAUGGCCCGUCAAGCAUCGGCCAGGGUCAAGGCUCGUCGGAUCACCCGGUACCGGCCAACGGAGCACCACCCGCCUCUGACACCUCACGAAAACGAAAGCUGGCUGUCUUCGCGGCUGCCGGGGCAGUGAUCGCCAUACAGACGAUGCUGGUCGCCAUGCCUGAAAUCUGGCAGCCCCUGGAGGACGAUGAAAGCGCAGAAAAGGUGGCGUACCAAGAAGGCCUGCACUCGUGGUUCGGAGCACUGAAUCGGGCCGCAUGGCUGCUCUCCACUGCUAACGGGGCUGGAGAUGGCGGGUGGUGGGUCAAGCCCAGGACGAGCGUGUGGUUCAACACCUAUCUCAUGAGCUCGAGCGAGGACGAGCGGUGGCUGGCUGCAAUCCGCAUGAAGAGGAGGACCUUCUUGUGGAUCUGCAACAGUUUGGAAGUGCACGUAAGGAAACAGGACACCAGGCUGCGUCCGAGUAUCCCUGUGACUGUCAGGGUCGGUGCAACCAUCUACCGCCUGGUGAAUGGAGUCGAUUACUACGAAGUUGCGGACAAGUUCGGGGUCGGGGAGUCGUCCGUGCAUGAAAUCAUGCAGGACUGUGUGCCAGCCAUCGUUCGAGUUUUCGGUCACCAUUUGCGUUGGCCCUCCGGGGAGGCCGUGGCCGAGGUGUCCCGAUCGUUUCUCGACAAGUGCGGACUGCCGAACUGUCAAGGGGCUCUGGGGAGCACUCACGUCGAGAUCCUGAAUCCCAGCGGGCCUGAAGCGAAGAAGUACAUCAACAGAACAGGGCAUUUCUCCAUCGUUCUCCAAGCAGUUGCCGACACGUCUCUGACCUUUCUCGAUGUGUGUUGUGGCUAUCCGGAACGCACGUAUGACAGCAGAGUCCUUCGGAAUUCUGGCCUUUACGAGAGAGCCUUAGCUGGUGAAGUUCUGGCCGGGCCGAUCCAGUCCAUCAACGGAGGCUUUCAGCUUAGACCUUACGUGAUAGGUGGCUCCAACUAUCCUCUCCUGCCCUGGUUGAUGGUGCCGUACGCGACAUCGUCGCCCUUGUCCUAUGCUCAAGAACAAUUCAUCCAUCAUCACGACCAAGGGAAAGUCUACACGCAGCGAGCCUUCGAUAUUCUGAAACGAGUGUUCCGAGUGCUUGGAGUGGGGAUCCGUGGUCGUCUGGAGCUUGCUCCCACCAUUGUCCAUGCAUGCUGUCUCCUUCACAAUAUUCUGAUCCGAAGGAAGGAAUUAAACGUGGAGGCAGAGCUAGAAAACCUUGGUGCAACAUCUCACAAUGAAGACGUAGAGGAGGGUUCUUCUGAACCUGGUGACGCUUCCAGUCUGGAGAUAAGAAACCAGCUCUCUGAGUACUUGGUUUGGGCUACCUAGACAAAACAUAUUGUAAUACUAAGAACUACAAUUAAUCAACUGCACCGACUUGGCUCGAUACCU